AUGGCGGGCAACAGUGUUCUCACGACGCUUCGCCUCGAGGAUGUUUCGAUAAUCAAGGCCGUGUUGGCGAGCAUGGUAAUAGUGCCUCUGAUGUUCGGCAUCGGUUUCUACCUCUAUGUCACACCAAGCACUCUGAAAGAUUCGCGACGAAAACACCUUCCGCCUGGCCCGCGUGGUCUGCCAUUCCUUGGAAACUUCUUCGAAAUGUCAAAAGCUGAGACUUUCCGGUUCCAAGCACGGAAAUGGGCCAAGGAGUAUGGCGACAUCUUCUACACCAAAAUGGGUGGAGCAGAUUAUAUUUACCUCUCAUCGCCGACCGCAGUGAAGGAACUGAUGGAUAAGAGAUCGAGCAUCUACUCUUCACGACCACCGGCGCCACUCGCAAGCGAUGUAGCCUCCGCAGGCCGACGGCAGCUAUUCAUGCCGUACGGGCCGAAGUAUCGCGUUGUCCGAAAGAUUGCGCAUCAGCUGCUCAACAUAACGGUGUCAACCAGCUACCAGCCUAUCCAGGAUCUGGAAUCGAAGCAAUUGAUGUACGACUUGCUCCACAGCCCAGAGCUUUUUUAUGACCACAAUCGCCGCUAUUCGUCUAGUGUCAUCCUUACUGUCGCAUAUGGUCAGCGAAUGGCGGACUGGGACAACCCACUUGUGAAGAAGAUUUACAGUGUCGUGAACAAUCUGCAGCAGUUUUCCGCACCAGGUGCCUUCCUCGUUGACACAUGGCCCUCGCUGCGACAUUUCCCACAAUGGAUGUUCGGCAACUGGAAGAAGUUCGGCGAGAAAUGUUUUGCGCAUGACUCCGUGGUGUAUCUCAAGCUGUGGGGUGAUUUACGCAAAGAUGUCGACGCAGGCAAAGCGAAUCCGUGCUUUGCGAAGGACUUCUACCUGAGCAAUCCUGAGAAGUUGGGAUUGGACGAACUGCAAGCAGCUUAUCAGACGGGCGGCUUAGUCGAAGCUGGCUCCGAAACCACGUCAGCUUUUCUCAACUCAUGGAUUCUGGCCAUGACCUUGAACCCUCACAUCCUAAAAAGGGCUCAAGAAGAGGUCGACCGAGUAGUCGGGUUUGACAGGUUGCCGUCGUGGGAAGAUGAGCCAAAUCUGCCUUAUCUCAGAGCGAUGAUCAAAGAAUUGCUCCGCACCCGGCCACCGAACAAAUUCGGCAUGCAGCACUACACGACCGAGGAUGACUGGUAUGAAGGGUAUUUCAUUCCCAAGGAUACGGUUGUGGUUUUGAACUGGUGGCAUAUAAACUACGAUCCGGACCACUGGGAGAAGCCAGAAGAGUUCAUGCCUGAGCGCUUCCUCGGGUACGAUCUCCCGGCUGCUUCCUACAUCAACAUCGCGAACCCGAAUGAGCGAGACCACUUCUCCUACGGCGCUGGGAGAAGAGUGUGCCCUGGUGUCCAUGUGGCGGAGAAGUCGCUCUUUUUGAACAUUGCUCGUGUCCUGUGGGCGUUUAACAUCUCGAAGAAAGUAGACAAGGAUGGAAAGGUCGUCGAGCCAAACACUGCAAUGGUUCCAGGCUGGAUGACGAUCCCCCAGCCGUUUGAAUGUUCCAUCACGCCCAGAUCGGAGAAGAAGGCGGCGUUGAUCACACAAAUAUGGGAGGAAACCAAGAGGGGUCUGGACAGCAAGUAG